AGAGUUGGGAGCAGCGGUGCCUGGCAGCCGAGCGGUCUCGCGCCGCCGCCAUUGUGCCGCGGGAGCGGCGCAACCGGGCGUUGCGGCCCGGCCUGCGCGGAGGCCCCGCCGUGACGGAUGCAAAGAAUGGAGUCAAAACCCUCAAGAAUUCCUCGCAGGAUAGCCGUUCAGACUUCCAGCUCUCCUCUAGGAUCUGGGACUGGAAACAGUUUGUCUGGUGCAUAUAGUACAAGAGAAUCUUCGUGGAGAUUAGAAUCUGGAUACCAGGAAUCCAGUGUAUGGAAUAGUUCCAGCAGAGACUGGAGAAUCGGAGAAGGAGACACCYGUGAUACUCCUUGGAAGCUGCCAGCGUCAUCUCCAACUCGCUACUCAGGGACACUCGAUCAUCCACAUUCUGGAAGAUUUUUGGGAAGCAGAAGCAGAUUGUCUACAUCUUCUUCCUCUCAUUUUACAUCUGGGUGUUAUGGUGAGUCUGAGAGAACUCAGGGAGCAUAUUCAAGACUGCAUAGCCAGCAGCAAGAUAGUGAUUCAAAGAGACCUAAGCUAUCUUGUACAUCUACCUCUUCUGUGAGAAGUAAUGGCUUGACUGUCUUUUCAGAUUCCUCGUGGAGAUGCAGUAGAAUUCCUAGAUCUUCAUCGGUAAUGCUCGGCUCCCUUGGAACUGAUCUGGUGGGAGAGCGAACACAGUUAGAAAGAAGAACGGAUCUGUCCGUUAAUAACCUGGUGGAUCCCAGCUACAGAAACAAUGACUUUUCACCUUCAACAUAUCUUCGAGACAGGCCUGCCUCUUCAUAUGCAGAGGGAGCAAGACCAAAAGAGAACUCAUUAAGCGCUUUGAGGCUGAAUGCAUCCGUGAACCGCCAGUUGCCUUCUGAUCAUCAGCCWUCUUUUUUCAACAGAGACUCUAACAUGAGCUCUUCAAGAUCCAACUAUUCAAGACAAAGGAGAAAUGAAUUGGAAUCUCCCCAGAGGAGCGUGCAGCCAGCAUUUUCUCUUACUGCCAUUAGAGAUGAGACCCCUUCCUCGAGUGGUUCUGAAAGGGUUUUAUCUUCUCAGAGGUCGCUGAACGAGCCUGCGGCUGAUGGUGAAGGGAGGCGCACAACCAGACAGUUGCUGUCUCGUUUAGCAUCGAGUGUAUCAUCUACAUUUUUCUCUCGAAGGUCUAGCCAAGACCCAUUGCAUACAAGAUCAUUAGGCGCUGAAGAGUCAACGGUGGUCCCGAGGGUUCAAGCUACCACUCUGACGAGUAGUAAUGGAGCUGCGACUCCGGAAGUUCCAGGACUUCAGUCAUCCGAAGCUUCUCAGGGGUUUAGCUUUCUUGGACGACGAUGGGGUUUAUCGGGAGUUUCACACAAUCGCAGCUCCGAAUCUGACGGAGAAAGUUACAGACCAGACACCGAAAAUAGAAGCACGGGAUCCUGGUUGUCAUCCUCUUUGAGGAAUAGAUGUACGCCUCUCUUUUCCAGAAGGAGAAGAGAAGGAAGAGAUGAAUCCGCAAGGAUCUCUACCUCUGAUACGACCGCUAGAUCGCAACACGUCUUUAGAAGGAGAGAAUCGGGUGAGGAGACAUCUCUCGAAGCAUCAGAUCACCCUCCUCGGGCUUCCGUUAGCAGACCACCGACACCCGCAGUAUCCGGUAUUUCUAUGGCUACGGCCUCCCCACCGGAUUCAGCUCACAGUAGAAGAAAUUUGGGAAUCCUUCCCGGUUCCCUCUUCCGCUUUGCAGUGCCUCCAACAUUAGGAAGCGGUCUGUCUGACAAUCUUAUGAUAACUGUAGAUAUUAUUCCUUCUGGGUGGAAUGAGACUGAUGGACAAGAAAGUGGCAAGUCUAAAAUACCGCCAUCGAGAGAUCCAGAAAGACUCCAGAAAAUUAAAGAAAGCCUGCUUUUAGAAGACUCUGAAGAUGAAGAGGGUGACUUAUGUAGAAUCUGUCAGAUGCCCUCUGCAAGUUCUGACAACCUUUUAAUAGAGCCAUGCAAAUGCACCGGAAGUCUGCGGUAUGUUCAUCAGGAGUGCAUGAAGAAGUGGCUGCAAUCGAAGAUAAAUUCAGGUUCUUCUUUGGAAGCGGUGACAACUUGUGAAUUGUGCAAGGAGAAGUUGCAUCUUAAUCUGGAAGACUUUGACGUUCAGGAACUCUAUAGGGCACACGCCAAUGAGCAAGCAGACUAUGAAUUUAUCAGCUCUGGUCUCUACCUUGUAGUGUUGUUACACUUAUGCGAGCAGCGCUUUUCUGAUAUGUUAGGAACCGCAAAUGAGGCCAGCACACGCGUCAGAGUCUUUGUCAAGACUUCUGAUCACACUGUGUUGUUCCAACAGCUUCUGAAGACGAUUCUGAAGACUGAUGCUGGUAGAACUGUCACACUGCGAGAAACAAACAGAAUUGCUGCAGAAACGCCGAAGCGGCGAGAACGGUGUCAACGUGCAUUUGUUUUAUUCCUCUUAGUAAAAAGCGCAUUGACUAUUACUGUAGUUUUUGAAGCGUUGUUGAAUUCAAUAUCAACUGCUGCACAGUGGAACUCGGUGGACUCGAGAACUGCUCGGCAUGCGUGAGGAUUAGAUUCAUAGAAAGAAAGUUCCCUUUUUAAAUUAUGAGGGUGUUGUGCUUUGUUUUGGAAGAUAUCAGAUGCUGAAUAUUUAAGGAAGCUCUGUCUCCCUUUGUGUUUCCUUUUUACCGUAGUCAGACUUCCGGUUUUGUCUUUCUGAGUUUUGCUCCUGUACCGGCACUAAGCGGGUUAUAGCGGGUUUCAGGGGGAGGGGGGGGAUGUCCGUGUACUUAAAUAGGUUUUGUUUGGRUGUUCUUAAAUGCCUCUUUUGCAGCAUCAUAUAACCGAUUGCUUCCAUUGUUAAUGAACGAACAGGAGGACGAACGAGGUACCAUAGAGAUUGUUUGGGUUUCGGCUUAUUCGAAGAUUAUUAUUUAACUCAAAAAGCAAUAAGAACUUGCGGUGGUCUUUUAAUACUUAGUUGAUGGCUUUUUUACGUACCAGUUUGGAAAUUUGAGAUUAUAUUUGAUAUCAUGUGGCCGUUCCGUUACGGAAUAUCGCAGGCGUAAACUCUCGCAUUUCGGCGUUUCCGGCGGAUGCGCAACUCAGUAAAGACCUAAGGUUGUUUAGUCGAAUCGGACUUUUUUCAGAUCCCACCCUCACUGUUCAAAGCACUGGUUAUCAAUGUGUUUUCUAGUGUUGUCACUUCUUUAUAAAUAAAGACAAAAGAGGUAUGCAUCUCUA